GCCUUUUUACAUGUACUUCAUUCAAUAUUUAACGAGUUUGUCUAACUUUGACUAAACGAAAAAUACUGACAUUAAAAUAAAAAAAAAUGAAAUUUACAAUUGCUUUUUUGGUUUUGGCUCUUGCUGUCUGCGCAUACUCUCAAGAAGAAGCAGCACCUUUAAGUCCAGAACAAGUUAUAGAUAUCAUCAAAGAGAACAAUCCCGACGUGGCAUGUAUUAACUUGGAAUGCAGACUUUCCUGUAGCAAGCAAGGUUUUAGAUCCGGAUAUUGUCUUGCUGGAGCAAGCUGCACCUGUGUAGGACCUUUGGCAGCUUAAAAAUAAGAUUUUAGAAUAUUUAAAUUCGUUAUUAUUUCUGGUGAUAAAAAUGAUUUGAUUUGGAGUUAAUGCAAUGUCAGUAUUAUUAA